AUGGGGAAAGCUGCUUUCCCGUACGGCGGCCGGGGCUUGCUCGUGCGGUUUCUGUCCACCACGCUUAAGAUGGCAAGGGAACCCAUGAAUUUUUCUUGGGUUUCGGACAGCGUUGCUGGAUUCGCCUUUCCAUAUGACAAAGAAGAAUGGGAAUAUUUAUCUAACGUCGCCAAAUUAAGUCAUGUUAUCACUAUGUGCCACGAAAGCCCGCAUUACGCCUCCGAAUAUCAAAACAUCAAGCACCACCAUUUGCCCGUGGACGAUCUAUCGCCAGCGAAUUUGUCGAUAAUACAGAAGGCCAUGAAAAUAAUACAGGAUGCUGAAGCGAAGGAACAAAAAGUUGGGGUGCACUGUCAGCUGGGUCGCGGACGUGCUGGGACAAUCCUAGCCUGUUACUUGGCAAGGAAGAAUGGAUGGGAUGCUGACACAGCCAUCCGGGAACUCCGACGCCUUCGACCCAAGUCAAUCGACGUCGAUCAAGAACAGGCCGUCCUGAAAUAUGUGCAAUCAAUUCGAUCAUAAGGAUGAUACUGUCAUGUACUGUGCAAUAAAAGUCCUUGAUUGUAUCCUCGUUUGCAUGUACUUUUGAUGUGCAUAGCUGCAUGUAGUGGCUCACUUGUUCAAGUUUAUUCGUCUCUCUUUGGUAGCUCUUUUAGCUUGUUUAUGCCUUGUACGUGCAACAUCCACAUCCGCACUAACAGUCGUCCUAGC